UGAACACAUUAAUUAGCCAAUAAUGAGGAUGCCUUUUUGCUUGGAGCAGAAGCCAGUACGUUCCGAGAUUUACUGCUGUACAAUGUCUAGAUCCAAAAAAAGUUGUACUCAUCUUUUAAUGAUCAAAAAAUUAGUGGUGAUUUAUGUUGAUAUUUUAUUAAUUUGUUUAAGUAAUGCAAGUGUUUGUCCUGAUUCAUUGAAGAAAUGUGAUGAUUCUAAUCAACAAACUGAAUCUCAGCUUUCAAUUAAUCUUGAAGAUGUAGAGAGUCGAGUUUCAAGACUGGAAAGGCGCCUUCGAGCAAUGGAACAACCAAUAUGGCAGAUUAGAGGACGACCAGAUGAUUGGGAGAUUUGCGUUGAAGGACCUUGCAAAUGUAGGCCAGAAAUGAAGUCUAUUUCUUGUUGGAAAUAUGGAUUGUUGGAUAUCCCAGCUGCUCAACUUGUUCCUCAGGAUAUAUUGAAGCUAGAUUUAGGAAGUAAUCAGCUAUCAUCUUUACACAGAGAUACUUUUCGAAAUCUAACUCAACUUCGUGAUCUGGAUUUAAGUAAUAAUAUGAUAGAACAUAUACCACUGAAUGCAUUCUUUUUUUUAAACAGUCUGACCCACUUACGACUUGGUAGAAAUCUUUUAAGAGAUUUAAGUCCAAACCAAUUUAGUAAAAUGGAAUAUUUAGAAAUUGUAGAUAUUUCUUCUAACAAAUUGCAAGCUCUUCCGGAAGGCUUAUUUGCAUCAAACGUAGCUAUUCUUCUUCUAGACAUUUCAUCUAAUCGACUGACUGAGCUGCCAAAGGGUAUUUUCAGUGGUUUAAAAAAUUUAGAAGACCUUUUGCUUUCAAAAAAUCGAUUGUCCCACCUUGAUGUUAACAUACUGAAAGAUUUAUACAGUCUUAAAAGUCUGAGACUUGAAGAAAAUCUUUUACGAGAUCUUCCAUUGGGGAUUUUUAACUCUCAAGUCAAUCUAAUUGAAUUGAACUUACGAGAUAAUCAACUAAAAACGCUUCCUGCUAAUUUAUUUAUUAAAUUAGAACUUUUAACUGCUUUAGAUCUUUCUAGUAAUAUGAUAAAUCAGAUCCAUAAAGAUGCUUUAAAUGGUUUGAAAUCAUUAAAAGAAUUACGAUUAGGUAAGAAUCAUAUCAAAAGUCUUCCUAAAGGAAUCUUUCUUUCAACACCAGCAUUACAACAGUUGGUUCUAUAUGCAAAUGCAUUAGAAAAAUUGUCUGAUGGUGAUUUUCAAGGUUUAACGAACCUUACCUCACUUUUUCUUCAUUCUAAUCGAAUAAAAUACCUUCGAUCAGAUAUUUUGAAAGAUACGCCCAAUUUAAGAAAACUACAGCUGGAAAGCAAUCAACUAUCUUAUGUACCAGGACGUUUUUUUGACAGCCUUCAAAUGAUUCAACAGCUGCGGCUUGCUCGAAAUCCAUGGCAUUGCGAUUGUGAAGUGGCUUACCUUGCAAUGUGGUUAAGAAGAAAGUAUUACAUGCAAGCAAAUGCUAGUAAUACAAGUCGUACUAAUUUCUGGCAGUCUGGAGCUGGUGCAAUGUGCCUUGGACCUGGAACAUUCGGUGGGAAACUGGUCAUAGAAUUAACUUUUCAUGAGUUGUGUGAUGGACAGUGGGCUUCAAUGAAGGGAUUAUCUCCACGACUGCCAAUCGAUGUGUUGAAUACAGCAGACUCUGGAACAGUAGUUAAUUAAAAAGUCAAUUAACAAAGUCAAUCAGAAGGGAAAAGUUAUCAAGUUUAUAAAUUAAUAAAUUAAUGAACUCUCUUAAUUUUAUCAAUGUCAUGCUUUGGGGUCGUCUCGUACAUAAAUUAGAUAAAUAAAUAAAUGAAAAUCUUAUGAUUAAAUUUAAUAUACACACUGGCAAAUAAUUCCAUUCAUAAAUUGGUAAACAAUCAGCAAUACACUCGAUGCAAAUAUUGCAUGAUAAAAGUCAACGUUUUAUUUUGUUAUCUAU